UUCAAUCCGUUGUGGACAAAGAAGGUCAGGUGUGCCGACACACGUUUCAUUCGUCGAAACAAGGCCGUUGUAUGUGCCCUCUCGGCAAGCUACAUUUCCACCUUUGCUGGGUACCCAUUGGAUUCCCUCAAGUCCCGGUUGCAGACUACGAAAACGUCGAUAUCAAUACCGAAACUGGCCGCACUUGUCUAUCGUGAGGAGGGAGUCAAGGGCUUUUAUAGAGGGCUUUGGAUACCACUCAUGACCAUUUCCUUUCUUCGUCCGUGCCCUUCUAUCUUGUUUUCAAAUGCCGUUGGGUUAGCUCGAGCUCUUUCUUUAGGUGCUGCAAGCUUCACCAUCUAUUCCCGCACAAAGGAGCACUUUGCUAUUCAUGAUAUUUUGUGCCGAAACAGUAUAUUGGACGUUGCCCUUACCGGUGGUAUCAGUGGAGCAAUGUCCGGAGCGUUGAUCUCAUUUGGGAGUGCUCCGUUUGAACUCGUCAAGGUCAGACGUCAACUAGAAUACACCAUAGCUGCGACCAAGGGAAUACAUUUGGUAAAACCCCCUGGAACAUUUGAAGCCGUAAGAGAAAUCUACAGGGCCAAUGGCACUGGAGGUCUAUACACAGGUUUUCGGCUUCAUUUCCUACGUGAUACAUCUGGGACGGCCCUUUACUUUCUUGAGUACGACGGUAUGCGACAUUUGCUAGGCAGAAGUCGGACAGGAGAGCAGGGGGUCACUCCGUCAUGGCUACCGAUCCAUUCAUCGCUGGUCCCUUUUGUAUGUGGCUCUGUAUCUGGUGUCACAUCUUGGGCUCUGAUUUAUCCUCUUGAUGUGGUCAAAACCAAAGUACAGCAGCGCGCUCUGGCUGGAGAGCAAUAUCGUGGACCCUGGGAAACUCUAUACCGUCUAAUACGAGGACCUGACCCCAAGUCACCUAAACCACUCCUUGCUGGUAUCAUGAGGCUCUAUCGUGGCCUCGGGGUGAGUGCCCUCCGGAGCAUCACAACGCACGGACUCCUUUGGACCCUUUUUGACAUGACCGCAAAUUACAUCGACAAUCUACCGCCUGCACUGGAGGUAGAAUGA